AUGGAUAUGAAAGAGUAUUACAGGGAAGAAUAUCUCAGGAUUUGUUAUGGAAUGGUAAAAUGUGGAGGACCCCAUUACAAGUCUACAUGCCCUCAGCUGAGCAACUCCAAGUUUUGUGUUCGGUGCAACAAGAAUGGGCAUUGGGAGAAAGAAUGCAACUUGGGAAGAGGAGCAGCGAUGAGGCCGCCGAAUGCUGGGAGGUUUCAACAGAGGGGUGGUGGUCGAGCACAAGUGGUUGGUCGGGUAUAUGCUAUAACUGGGGCUGAAGCAGCAAGCUCAGGUAAACUCAUCACCAGCUCUUGCCUGUUAUAUGGAUUGCCAUGUUGUGUGUUGUUUGACUCGGGGGCAACACAUUCCUUUAUCUCAAAGGCAUGUGUUGAGAAGUUGGGGUUGUUGGUGAGUGAUAUGCAGUUUGAUCUGGUGGUGUCAACCCCAGCAGCUGGUGAGGUUAGGACUUUUAUUGUAUGUAUUAGAUGUCCGAUUAAGGUGGAAGGGUGUAGAUUCAAAGUAAACCUUAUAUGCUUACCUCUACAAGGCUUAGAGGUAAUUUUAGGAAUAAAUUGGUUAGCUACCAAUCACAUUCUCAUAGAUUGUGGCGAGAAGAAGUUAAUAUUUCCUAAUGAAGAAGAAGAAUUGUCCUUGACAGUAGGCCAGUUAAGGAUAGAUAUAAUGGAGGGUGCUAGCUGUUUUCUGGUAAUGUCGCACGUAGACGUAGUACCAGAGGAGUUGGCAUAUGACCGUUCGGUCAGUGGAAAGCAAAAUGGAGACCGAUCGGUUGUGAACGAAUUUAUGGAUGUUUUUUCCUGA